CGUUUUUGGUUAGACGUUAUCGUUGGGGCGCCUUUGAUUUCCUAUGUAAUAUAAAAUAUUGUUCAUUUUACGUUUUGUUUCGGAGUUGGGUGCACGCUCUGCGCAGUCUGCUUUAAUUAUUUUGGAGUUGUUCGUAACCAAACUUAUCAUCAUGCCUAAUGUCAAGUUCUUCUACUUCCCCGUUAAGGCUCUCGGUGAGACUGUUCGUCUACUCCUCUCUUAUGGUGGCCAGGACUUUGAAGACAACAGAAUUGCCAUGGAGGACUGGCCUGCGUUUAAGCCAUCGACACCUUUCGGUCAGAUGCCGGUACUAGAGAUCGAUGGUAAGUCUUACGCACAGAGCGUUGCCAUCUCUCGGUACCUGGGCCGCAAGUACGGGCUCUCCGGAGCUGACGCUGAAGAGGAUCUGGAGAUCGACCAGAAUGUCGACUUCGUUAAUGAUAUCCGUGCGAAGGCCGCUGCCGUCCAAUACGAAGCCGACGCGGAAGUGAAGGCCAAAAAGCACGUGGAAUUCACUAAGAACGUUUACCCGGCGUUGCUGGAGAAGCUGGACGAGGUCAUCAAGAAGAACAACGGACACAUUGCUGCUGGCAAGCUCACCUGGGCAGACUUCGUGUUCGCUGGAAUGUUCGACUUAUUAAAGAUGAUGCUCCGAAUGCCAGACCUCGAAAAGAAAUACCCAAGCUUCCAACAAGUGGUUGACGCGGUGUACUCGCAGCCUAAAGUCCAGGCCUACGCCAAGAAAGCACCUAAAACUGAAUUUUAAAAUAAUAUUUCUUUGUUUAUCAAUAAUUUGUGAUAUGUAUUUGAUCUGCAUCUUUAUGAUCUGGCGUUUAAAUUAGAACGGGCUAAAAUAAACCGAGUUAUUACUGGCGAUUAAAUUAAUAUUUAAAAAAAAUUGUAUAUUAUCCGGCGUCACCGAAGUUUUUUGUCAGAUAUUUUUCCAAAAUUUACAAAGUAACUGCAUUUAAUCAUUUGUAUUAUUACGUAAUAAGACAAUGUGCCUUAUUAAUUUAAGUAUAUAUGUUUAAAUAAAAAAUAAGAAUAU